UGGGCCAGCCCAACUUAGCCACAGGCCCACAGCCCAAUAGAUCAAGGGUUAAAUACUUAAACGAAAAAAACUAGGGUUCUAAAAGUUCCCUUAGUCUUCUUCACCAAAGCAGCUAAAAUUCUUACACUACCAAAAUGGCUAGAGGUUUGAAGAAGCAUCUGAAGAGGCUCAAUGCCCCUAAACAUUGGAUGCUUGAUAAGCUUGGUGGAGCAUUUGCUCCCAAGCCGUCUUCUGGUCCACACAAAUCAAGGGAGUGUUUGCCAUUGAUCAUUAUCUUGCGAAACAGGUUGAAGUAUGCUCUCACAUACCGAGAGGUGAUCUCAAUUCUGAUGCAACGACAAGUUUUGGUUGAUGGGAAAGUAAGGACAGAUAAGACUUAUCCAGCUGGAUUCAUGGAUGUUGUUUCAAUUCCAAAGACUAAUGAGAGCUUCCGUCUCCUUUAUGACACCAAGGGCCGAUUCCGUCUUCACUCACUCAGGGAUGAGGAGGCCAAGUUUAAGCUCUGCAAGGUCCGCUCCGUGCAGUUUGGUCAGAAGGGGAUACCAUACCUUAACACUUACGAUGGAAGAACAAUCCGCUAUCCUGAUCCUCUCAUCAAGGCAAAUGAUACCAUAAAACUGGACUUGGAAUCUAACAAGAUUGUUGAUUUCAUUAAGUUUGACGUUGGGAAUGUUGUGAUGGUGACCGGAGGUAGAAACAGAGGACGUGUUGGUGUUAUUAAGAACCGGGAGAAGCAUAAGGGUAGCUUUGAGACCGUCCACAUUCAGGAUGCACAAGGUCAUGAAUUUGCUACACGUUUGGGGAAUGUGUUUACUCUUGGCAAGGGUACCAAGCCAUGGGCAUCACUACCUAAAGGUAAAGGUAUUAAGUUGUCCAUCAUCGAGGAGGCACAGAAGAGGCUGGCCGCUCAAUCCGCCACCACUGCUUAAAACUGUUUUGGUGGUUGUCCAAGUCACUUUUUUGCUACUGCAGUUUUGUAGUUUGGAUUCUUAAAUGUUUACUUUGUUUAGUACCUAUUUUGAAUAUUUGUGUAUUUGUAUGCCCAGUAUUUUGAUGAGAAAGUGAUUAGACAAAGUCAGAUAUAAAAGGUGAUAAUACCACCAUGCUUAUUUUACUGUAA